GCGAUUCUGAAGAACGGAAGUGGACCGACCAUUUUGAAACCCCGCACCGCUUAGCACAAUGGAUAAGGGCCACACGGUUAAGCUCUUCGUAGGGAAUCUGGCCCUGGACACCACACAAGAAGAACUUUCUGCCAUUUUUGAGUCGUACGGGCAGGUGGUGAGCUGCAGCGUGUUGCGGCAGUUCGCUUUCGUACACCUGCAGGGAGAGGGCGCUGCUGAGCGGGCCAUCCGGGAGCUCAAUGGCCGCGAGUUUAAAGGCAGAAACCUGGUGGUGGAGGAGUCCCGAGGACGCCCACUCCACUCAACCAAGGUGUUUGUGGGUAAUCUGAGCAGCAUGUGCACCACAGAAGACCUCCAGGAGCUGUUUCAGACCUUUGGAAAAGUUUUGGAGUGCGAUAAAGUGAAAGGUACGAGAGUAUCAGGUUAUGCAUUUGUACACAUGGAGAACAAAGAAGAUGCACUACAGGCUAUUGAAGCCUUGCACGGGACAUCCUUUAAAGGACGACCGCUAUCGGUGGAGCUCUCAAAAGUUCAGCCAAGCAAGCAGACUCCCACUGGGAAAAUCCCAUGCGUGAGCUGUGGUAAACAGGGUCACUAUGCAGGUGAAUGUCCAGCUGGUAAACCCACCCUGGAGCAGUACCAAAGCCAAGCGGCAGUGUUAGCCGCCGCUGCUGCUGCUGCCGCCGGCCUUCCUCUGCAGGUGCAACAGAGCGUCCACAAUUCAGUCUACAACACCUCCACCUUUGACCCCACCUACGCUGCUCUGACUGGACUUACAGCUGCUGGUGCACGAGCAGAAGGUGGAGCCGCCGUGGCGCCAGCAGUCUAUGGAGCGCUAGCUAGUCAAGUGUACGGGACGGCGGUUGCCAAUCAGCUCUACGGUGGGUCGGUUGCGAAUCAGGCACUGAACAGUAGUGCGGCUGCAGCUGCGGCGCAAGCGUACGGCUCUGUUAACCCUGCGCUGUACGGGCAGGUGACCAGUAGUGCGGUCGCAGCGGCUGCUGCUGCUGCUGCAGCAUAUGGUCCACAGGUUUACACACACAAUCCAGUUUUCCUAGCUGCAGCACCAAGUAUGGAGGUACCGGCUGCCGCCGCUGCUGCCGUUAACCCAGCGUAUACGGUAGCACCGGCUCUCUACAGUGCGACCCCAGCUUACGGAGCUCUGGGAGCAGCUGACCCAGCAGCUAUCUUUGAGGCAGCAAGGGCGCACUACUUUGCACAAGGACAGCAAGUGCUCGCAGAACAGCAACAGGCCAGCUCAAAGUCUGGAGAGAGGGACCGGAGUCCUCUAAGAAGAUCUGCGCCUCUGCUGCCAGACCCCGUUAUGAAACCGUUUAUAUAUCAGCGGGCCAAGCGCAGAGCCCUGUUGCCCACACCAGCAGGCCGCGAAGAAGCCGCCGUACAGGAGGAUGACCCUGUAGCCAGAUACUAUGCGGAGUACUACCAGCAGUACCAGCAGCUGCAGCAGUAUCCUCAGUACCAGUAUGCGUACCCGACUCACAGCGCACUCGCGGCCAUGUCCGCGCUGCAAUCUCUGCCCGGUGUGUCUGCUCAGCAGGUGGCGACGCUCGACUCGCUCAGGCCAGUGCUGCCCGCCGCCCCCGUGCCUGCCGCUGCCGCCAUCGCCAUGGCAACACCCCGCGUGUAUGAGCCACCGCCGAUUCCGCCGUCGCACAAGGAGACCCUCCUCCGCCGCCCCGAACUCGCCCUACACACCCCUGAAACACCCUUCCGAUAGUGUGCUCCACGUCCUCUCUGCCUCUCCUUUCCUUGUGCUGCAAGUGUGUGCGUGCGUGUGUCUGUGUGUCAGAAAGAAUCCACAGAUGUUUGUUUAUGAUGUGUGUGUGUGCGCGCUUGGGUUUAAGACGGUGGCCGUGUCGGUUUUAACUACAGACUGGAGUCUCUAACCUUGGUUCUGAUCUCACACACACACCCAGCGCAGUCAGUCAGGGCUGAAAAGGGAAACUGCAUGCUCUCAUUCCUGCACACUUAACCAACAUAGUAACACAUCGUCUGUUUUAAAGAAACCUUCAAUCUAUCGCCAAUUAGUUUUGAAGGCGGGGGAGGGGGGAGGAGGGGUAGGUUAGGCACCUAGCCAUGAUGAUGCUUUGUAACUUUUUAUAUUCCUAAGUGUUUGUAGUCUAUAUAAUGAAUACUGGACUUGAUAUUUUUUUUAAAUACUGCUCGAUGAUAGACUUAUAUAAACUUAACCAGUUUACACAUUAUUUUAGUUACGAUUUCAGAAACAUAAGUUGAAUGUAUGUUUACUCCAAAGGUGUGUGACGUGUAGGACCAGGGUUGGACAGUAUUUUUACAUGUCUUUUGUGUGUGUUUCUUGUUUUUCUCUGGGACUGUGGUGUAGCGUGUAUGCUUUCCAUUGGUUGUCCUGACAGGAACGCACACGUGUACACGUGCACAGGGAAGCGACCUCGAUCCACACGCACAUGCAUACACAUCCCUCACACGUCAGAUGGGAGAAACUUUUAGUGAUGACCUCUAACCCCACCCUUCAUCCCUGUCCACCCAUCCCGAAAGCUGAAAGACACUGUGACUCUCUCCCCUCCUACUUUAAUGUAGCUACUUCCAUAGAUAUGGUGAUUAUUUGGGAAACAACCAAGCAGAGGAAGGUGUAGCUAGUCAGCAUUUGCUGGGAUCUGUCUUAUGGGAGCGUCCUCACGCUCGCCAACUUAACUGCCAUGAUGCAUUGUAGAAUCUGUUUUUUUUUUAACAUGUCUUUUUAUUAAUGCUAUCGUGUUUUUAUAAACCGUGACAAGGGACUCAAUUAUCCAUAGAGACGUACUUCUUUUAAUUUUUUACUUUUGUUUACACCUGCAAGAGGGACGACGCGGUCUUUCUUGUGGCUUUUUUCCACAGUGAUUGUUUAUAGCCAAAAUUCUCUUUUUUUAUAUCUAGCCAAAAUCAUGAGUGGCCUACGAUUCUUAUGCCUUAGUAGUGAAAUGUAUUAAAGUUUUGCUCUAUUUUACCUGUAGUCUUACAAUGUGAAACUGGAAUUAAGGCUACGCGGAAGUGCUGUAUAUUAUGUGGUGCUGUGAUUUGGGAUUAAAUGAAUUGGGAGAUUCCUAUCAGUUUCUUUCAGUCUUCCUGCUCAUUUCGCUGCUGCAACCUCAUAGAUGACCCUCACUGCAUUUCUCUCCAUCUCUCUUUGCAUCUGCCUCUCAUUUAGUGACAGUAUUUCAUCUGUUUACCAUCAUGCCCCUGUUCGCACAUACGUGCUGAGGAUGCCAGUGUGUGAAUGUGAUCUUUAGAAAAUGUGUUUUGCAUCGACAUUCAUGUCUGUAGUUUCUAUCACAGUAACUUUUAUUGCCGCAAGUGUUCUCGAACGAGAAGACUUAAAGAUCUGUACACGAUCUUUACCAACUAUAACAAGCCUUCAAAUAAAGAGCCUGCCUGAUUAUUUUAAAAAGGAAACUCAAGAGCUUUUGCUUGGAGCUUUUAGCUGUUCUUGCCUUCUGAAUGUUUCAUGAUUGUUUUUCCUUUGUGAAACGACCAGACUCGUAUGAAUCGGAGCCCUGAAAAGAAGCUAAAGGACUAGAGACUGAUCCCAAUCUCACCCCUGUCUCUAUGGAUGGGGUAAGUCUGGGGGCAACCCCACUCUAUCCCCCUCCCCCAGCUGCACACACCAUACCAAACCCCUUCCCCGGGAGCAGCAAAAUCUUCAACCCAGCUUUUGGUACUUUUUUUUUUUUAUCCCACAUAGUCCCCAUGCAACUUCUUUAACAGGUACAAUGGCUAUUCCUUCACAUGCUUCUAUGAUGCAAGCAUAUUGAUAAAGGUUUUAUGUGUUAGCAUCGGGGGCAUAUUCUGAUAUUUGUAAAUGAUAGGGAUACAAAUGUAAAUUUAAGUUAUCUCCCAAAAGGCUUCGCUCGCUUUUGCUUCCAUUGUGCAUGUUUCUUUUAUUUUUUUCCACCCAUAAAACGAACGUACUUUUCUGAUGUGACUGUUCCAACUGAACUAGGUCCCUAUGGAACUGUGGAGACCAUACGCAGUGCUGGUUUGGGGGGAAGAAAGUUAGCGUCACGCAAUGCACGGGAAGCUCUCUCUCACUCCAUUCAGGUAAACGCACUGUGCCCCGCCCCCUUUCUACCUGUCGUCCUCCCUGAUAGCGUUUGCGCCUGACCGUGUAUCCGCUCUAUUUCUCCUCACCACCACCCUACCCCUCUUAUAGAUUCCUCACUUCUCGUCACGAUUGCCAAUGGGGUUCUCUAAAACACCAGUGUUAUGCUAUUAUCUGCCAAAGGGGGGGCGGGCGGCGGGGGUGACCGUUUACUGCUUCUGUGGUUAGUAUUCUUGGUAACGGGUGGGUGCUUGGUGCUAUGAUAACUGAUCUGUUGGUUUAGCUUUGGAGAGAAUGUGGUGAUCGUGUCCAAAUGCAGAUGAGUAAAUGGCAUUGUUGUGGUUGGUCAAUGAAUGAAAGAUCACUUUAAAUGAACGCUAAUUUUACAACUCACCUAGAGUUAGUUUUGUAAUUUUUGAAUCUAUUCACUUGCUUAUAGUUUAGCAUAGAUCAUUGAUCAGAUUAGACCAUUAGCAUCUCCUUAAAAUGGACGAAAGAGGUUUAUUUAAAGCUUGACUCUUCUGUAGUUACACUGUGUACUAAAUUAACCAAUUUUCAAUGCAGCAUAAAAACAUGGCUUCUGUUGUACAGCGAAGUUCAUUGAUUAUUAUGCCAGAAUGUGCAUUUUCAUUUUCUGUUGGUCCUUAGUACAUGAUAUAACUCAAAAACUACAGAAAAGUUACUGCUUUAAAUUGAAAAAUUAUAAAAACUCUUCAGUCAUUUGAGCGCAAUGCAAAUGGUCUAAUCCAAUUCAAUGACCUAUGCUAAUCUAAGCUAAAAGUGCUCCCGCUGGACAGAGAUCUGCUUAACGGUUUCAAAAAUAAUAAAAGUGAAAGGAUUAACUCUAUGGGAGUUGUAAAAUGAGCCUAUUUUUUUUUAAAGUGUAGUGUUCCUUUAAAUCAGGGGUCACCAAACUUGUUCCUGGAGGGCCGGUGUCUUGCAGAUUUUAGCUCCAACCCUAAUCAAACACACCUGAAUGAGCUAAUGAAGAUCUUAAUAGGUAUACUUGAAACACCCAUGCAGGUGUGUUGAGGCAAGUGGGAGCUAAACCCUGCAGGGACACUGGCUCUCCAGGAACGAGAUUGGUGACCCCUGCUUUAAAUGAAUGUCAAAUGUUAGUAAGACUGGCUGAUAAAAGGUGAGUGAUUGUGAGUCUAGGACUUGACAGAUAUGGACCUUCCUUGAGGGUUCCUCCAGUACCGCCGACCUCACCUGGCCCCUCUUCCAUGUGCCUUUUUGUUUGUUUAUUUGAUUUAACCCCUUCCUCCAGGCUUCUCCGAGUCUACUCGCCGCUAACGCCCAGCUCACCGCCGCCCUCGUCGCAUCCCCAGUGCUAGUUGUUCAGUGUUAACCACUGCUUGAACGCAUCCCCAAAAGCUCUGCGACUGAACCCAAGACACGACUUGCCAAAAAUUAUUCGUAAGACUCUCAUUUGGACUCAGUGACACAGGCUACAUUUAUUUUUGAGGUCAGUGCUUCACACAUUAAUCAACCACAAGCAAAUUGUUCUUUUUAGAAACUUUCUCAUUUCCUAGAUUGAGUUUCACAAUAAAUUUUGAAGUGUACAAUAAGCAAUGUAGUCAUUGUUUACCAAAAUGUUUUUGUAUGGAUUAGAUUCAGGGGCAUGGGUUAAUCUGAAAGGUGCUACCUGUUCAAAUGAGAGUCUGAUAUGAUGUUUGUGUUUGAAAUGGCUUAAUUUAAGAUAAAUAGGAGGCAGAUUUAGAUGGCUUAUUUAAUAAGAUUACAUACAACGUUUCCCAACCGUGCACCUGGAGGCACACCAACAGUACAUAUUUUGUAUGUUUCCCUUAUCUGACCAAUUAACCUCAAGUUUUGGAGUCAAUUGUUCUGAUAAGUUGAUUCAAAUGUGUUUGAUUAGGAAGAGCUUGAAAUGAGUGCAUCUAAAUCAACUACUAAAGUUGUGAAACAUAAGGUUGUGUACACUAUUAAGGGUUCUGGUAAGAACACUAAUGAGCUUGGUUAACUACAUUAGAACACUGAGUGACAUGAGAACGUACUCAUUGUACAACAUCAAAACUGGAAUUAAUAAACAGCAGAACUAAUGUUAUUCAUAUAGUUAUUUUGGUUUUUAAAAGUACAUUAUAGCUAAAUAGUUUUAUCUGUCUAAAUAGUUUACACCCCCAACAUUUCAAACAUUAACCCAUUAUAAAUGUUUGCUAGAUUGUUCUUAACCUGUCUAGCUAUAUUCGUUAAUGUUAAAUCUUGUUUAAUAAGAUCUAGAAAAACUUCUCGUUUGAUGAUUUGGUUAACAUGAUUCAUUUUUUUGCGUUUUCAAACUUCCAUUAAAGGCGCCUGGUAAGCAUUGAUGUUUACUGAUUUUCAUGGUGCAUUAAGGGACUUUUUAGGAAGUGAAUGUUUCAACGCACUGGAAGUAUUUUGCGAUUUAAGAACGCAAUUUAAACUGGUGACUCCUCGAUCAGUGCACCGACUAGGUUUAAAUAUAAAGACGCAUGCAAUGUGUGGUGUUGGUGUGCCUCGGAACAAGGUUGGGAAGUACUGCUGUAGAGGAAUGUUUUGUUAAACAAAUGGCUUCAGCUGUAGGGGAAAUUCAUGUAAGGGAAACUUACAGGACCUCUCCUCCAGAGGGCGCAUACAGUGAAGUGUGGUUUAUCUCAGUAGAAGGUGCUGUUCUUCAUGACCUUACAUCCACAUAUGAUGACAGUUCUUCUUUACCAAAACAUGCAUAGACAUAUUACGUCCUCGCAUGCAUCAUCACAAACUAGCUGUGGAUAAAAAUAAGUCCGUAGUCUGAUUAACUUGUAGAAAUAAAUUAAGGCUAAAUUUGAGAUCUUAUUCUGGAGGAAGAGAAAACUGUGCAUUACCUGAAAUAAGAUACCCGUUAUCCAGAGAUGAUCCUCCCCUUGUCAGUGGUAUGAAGAUCUGUGAUAUGCAGGUAUUUGUGGUUGACAUUUCUGUGAUGCCUGUGGCGAUAAUGAUGACAGUGGUCAGUGGCAGAUAUCAGAGGUGUUUGAGAGCAAUCUUCCAUUCAGGGUAUCAGUUCUGUAAUAUUUAAACAGACCCCUCACCUCUUUCAGCCUCCUUUUCCCAAGUCCCUUUGUCUAGAUGAUAUGCUCCACAAUUUCCAUGGAUAACCGAAUGUCCUCGACUUCUUUCUCCCUUGAUAUUGUCACCCCUCUCAGACAAUAACUCAACUUCUAGUGUUAGAAAGCUCCAGCAUUUUCUUUUGCUUUUCCUUUUAUUUUUAAAAUCUCUGUAAACAUAAUCCCUCCUGAGUAAAAGGAAAACUCCAGUACUUUUGCAAGUAAAAGUGCGUAGUUAUAACACUGAUUAAUGAAUUAAGUAUAAUUUCCAUUGCAGGUCAUAGGAUAUGAGCUGGUCGUAAUGCUUUUUAUCACCUUCUGAAUAUAUGCAUGCUUUGUUAAUGUGUGUGUAUAUUUGCAAAACCUUGCAACUGGUAAAGUGUACUCUCCUACACCAGCUUCUGCAUGAACACUGUUUGGCAUCGCAUGCUUACUGCAAUAAACCAAUACUACAACAGUA